AUGGAGGGCCGGGGUUUGGAUACCUCAGUGGAUGCAUGGAACUUCUUCUCUACUUCCCUGGUGUCCUUAUGGCUGCAGAGGUUUUAUAUCUAUGCUGCUGUUGCUUUGGGGCUCAGCAUUUGGCUCAUCAUUCACUUCACCACCACCACAGGAAAAAAGGAGGGCAAGAACUCCAAGGGGAGUCCCACUGCUUUGGAAGGAGCAGAAGACAAACUGGUGAAUGGCUCUGCCACCCUGAAGGCAAAGGAGGUCUAUGUUGCUGGGGUGAAGAUUUUCUAUGGGUCUCAGACUGGCACAGCAAAGAGGUUUGCCAAAGGCCUGGCUGAAGCUGUUACUCCCCUUCAUUUGCCUGUGGAAGUCAUUAGCAUGGGAGACUAUGAUCCAGAAGAUUGCUUAUCAGAGGAGACAAGCAGCAGGAACAUUUGUGUGUUCCUGGUGGCUACAUACACAGAUGGGCAACCCCCUGAGAGCGCAGCCUGGUUCUGCAAGUGGUUGGAGGAGGCUGCCAGUGACUUCCGCUACGGCAAGACCUACCUGAAGGGCCUGAGCUAUGCUGUCUUUGGCUUGGGGAACUCAGUUUAUGUUGAUCACUACAACACAGUUGGCAGGAAGGUUGACAGGUGGCUGUGGAUGCUGGGUGCCAGCCGUGUCCUGACUCGAGCCGAGGGGGACUGCAACGUGGCCCAGAGCAAGCAUGGCAGCGUGGAGGCUGACUUUGAAGCCUGGAAAACCAAGUUCCUCAGUAGGCUCCAGGCCCUCUGCAGGGGGGAGAAGCAGCCCUGCAGUGGGAAGUGCAAGAAAGGGAAGUGCAAACCUCGGGGGAAGCAGAGCAAGGAGAGCUCAGAUCAGGAGCGUGGAGCAUCAGAGUCUGAGACUGCUGAGGCAGAGGAGGUGUUUGAAAGCAGCAGUGAGGAGGAGGCUGGUGCUGAGGCAGCUGGAGGCACAGACUCGGUCGUUGAUGUUGAAGACCUUGGCAAGAUCGUGAGCCACGUCAGGAGGACAAAGAGAGACCCUGAGCUCCAGGAAGGAGAUGGUGGCAUGAGCUUGACCCAAGGGAGCAUUGAGAAGAAGGAGAAGGGUGAGAAGAGAGAGAUGAUAACCCCAGCUCUGAGAGAAGCACUCACAAAGCAAGGUUACAGACUGAUUGGAAGCCACUCUGGGGUGAAGCUCUGCCGAUGGACCAAGUCGAUGCUCCGAGGCCGCGGCGGCUGCUACAAACACAGCUUCUACGGGAUCCAGAGCCACCGCUGCAUGGAGGCCACCCCCAGCCUGGCCUGUGCCAACAAGUGUGUCUUCUGCUGGAGGCAUCACACAAACCCAGUGGGCACAGAGUGGCAGUGGAAGAUGGACCAACCUGAAAUGAUCUUGCAGGAGGCUAUUGAGAACCAUCAGAAUAUGAUCAAGCAGUUCAAAGGUGUGUCAGGAGUGAAGGCAGCUCGCUUGGAGGAGGCAAUGACAGUGAAGCACUGUGCCCUGUCCCUGGUGGGAGAACCCAUCAUGUACCCACAGAUCAACCAGUUUGUGAAGCUCCUGCACCAGCAUGGCAUCUCCAGCUUCCUGGUCACAAAUGCACAGUUCCCAGAGGAGAUUAGGAACCUGGGGCCAGUGACACAGCUGUAUGUCAGCGUGGAUGCCAGCACCAAAGAGAGCCUGAAGAGAAUCGACCGACCCCUCUUCAAGGACUUCUGGCAGAGGUUUCUAGACAGUCUGAAGGCCUUGGCUGAAAAGCAACAGCGCACGGUGUAUAGGCUGACCCUGGUGAAAGCUUGGAAUGUGGAUGAGCUCAGAGCCUAUGCUGACCUGAUAGCCCUUGGCAAACCAGACUUCAUCGAGGUCAAGGGUGUGACCUACUGUGGUGAAAGCUCAGCCAGCAGCCUGACCAUGGCCAACGUGCCCUGGCACGAGGAGGUGGUGCGCUUCGUCCAGGAGUUGGCUGACCUCCUCCCCGGCUACGAGCUGGCCUGUGAGCACCAGCACUCAAACUGCCUCCUCAUAGCUCAUCAAAAGUUCAAGAUCGACGGCGAGUGGUGCACCUGGAUCGACUACGACCGCUUCCAGGAGCUGGUGCGAGAGCACGAGAGCAGUGGUGGCUCCCAGAGCUUCACAGCAGCUGACUACGCAGCCAGAACUCCUCACUGGGCACUGUUUGGGUCCAGAGAAAGGGGAUUUGAUCCCUUGGAAGUGAGAUACCAGCGGAGGAACAAAGGCAGAGACGUCUCUGGGUGCUGAGGUCAGGUCGGACUCGCUGCACCCUGGGCUGGCUGCUGACUUUUGCUCUCUGUUUCUCGGCUAACAGCAAUUUUGAAACCCAUUCCCCUAGUUUUUUCCCUGCUGUUUGAUAUUGAGAAGGAAGGUGGAGCCUUUAUUUAACCCUUCCCUCCUGUUUUUUGUCCUCCAAGAACCUCUAAACCCUGCCCCUGCUCUCCACCUCGUGAUCGACGCCCAGGGCCAUGUGCCAGCGACUGG